CCUAGUUCUCUGAUUGAUUCUAUUCUUUUCUGCUGAACAAAAAGUCUAUUCCAGAUCCAGAACUUAUCUGGGUAUCAACAACAGUCUUCAAUUAGCCUCAUUACAAUGUCAGAAGCCGAGAAGAAAGCAACGAUCGCAUCCGGGGCCGAGGCGGCGGCACCUGUAGCCGCCCAGCCGCCUGCAGACUCGACCGCCGUGGUCGCCGACGCUUCAACCAUCGCCGUGUCGACCGAGACCGCCCAGGAGAAGGCCGGCAAGGACGAGACGCCAGCGCCGAUUGCGGCUAUUGCUGAGCCGGCUGCCUCCGAAGCCGCCGCUGCACCCGAGGAGUCUGCACCUGCCGCUGCAGCAGUCGUGCCAAAGGAGCCCGCCGCGGCAAGCGAGGAGACGAAAGCGCCGGCCGCCGAGACGGCCGCAACACCGGCUCCCGCAGCCGCCACCUCUGCCGCACCCGAGGCGACCAAGGAGAAAGAUGCCGCCGACGCACCGGCCGCUGCCGAGAAGACCGGGGUGGCCAAGCUCUGGGAGGUCUGCCAGGCGCACGAACACAAGGAGAUAUGGGGCGUGACCCUGCAAGACCCGAGCAGCGACGUGCCGACCGAGAUCGUCCUGACCAAGUUCCUCAACGCCAACGAUGGCGACGUCCCCAAGGCUGUGGAUCAGCUCACCAAGACGCUCGACUGGCGCAACAAGAUGAAGCCGCUGGAGCUUCUCAAAAAGUCCUUCUCCAGGGCCAAGUUUGGCGGUCUGGGCUACGUCACCAACCACAGCGAAGCGGCGGACUCCAAGGACCCCGCGCUGAAGGAGGUGUUCACAUGGAACAUCUACGGCAAUGUCAAGUCGAUGGAAGAGACCUUUGGGGAUCUUCAACAAUUCAUCGAAUGGCGGGUCGCCCUCAUGGAGCUCGCGCUACAGGAGCUCAACAUCGCCGGCGCAUCGGCGCCGCACACCAUCACGGCCGAAAACGACCCGUACAAGAUCUACCAGGUGCACGACUACAAGUCCAUCAGCUUCCUGAGGCAGCCGGCGAGCGUCAAGGCGGCCUCCAAGGAGACCAUCUCGGUCUUCUCGACCGUCUACCCGGAGCUGCUCAAGGAGAAGUUCUUUGUCAACGUGCCCGUCGUCAUGGGCUUCAUGUACGGCCUGAUGAAGCUCUUUGUCGCGCCCAAGACGCUCAAGAAGUUCCACCCGAUGAGCGACGGUGGGGCGCUGGCCCGCGAGUUUGGCGGAUCCAAGGUCAAGACCCUGGGCGACGCGAUGCCCAAGGAGUAUGGCGGCAAGGGCGAGGAGCUCAAGGCCACCGGAAAGGAAACGAUGCUCGACUGAGGUGCUUGUGCCUGAAACGGUGGCUGCUCGUUGCAGUGUUGAUUCGAGGUGCCCAGUGCCGAUUCGAUUUAUGUUUCGUGUUUUUGUGUUUUAUUCAAGAGAUAUCCCGACUUGUUUCAAAGAAGAAAAAAAGAAGGAAAAAAAAGACCAAUACCAAACCUGCCGCCCUUUACUGAUCAUCUUAUAAUACCGUUUUCAUUAUCGGUAAAGGUUUUGCUGACUCUUUGACUUGACCAAGUUGCCUAUUAUGAAUCACCUACGUACAUUAGCUCGACAUGUGUCCAGCUAUUAUCUCUGCAACUCUAGCAUAUGCGCAGGUUUUAGGAUAGCGUUUACGCAAGCUGGAGGGUGGCAGGCCGAGUCAUUUUUAUCGCCGUCGACUGAGGAACUCUUGCACUAAAUAGUCUUUCACUAGCCAGCGUCACUUUGCUACGGAGGAAUGUCCGAGGAUGACAAAUCCCUGCCAAGGGACGUUGAUUCGUCGUUUCACAAUAUAUGUCGAUUCAGGAUGUAUUCUGACUUCCAUGUGCAGUCAACGCUUACGUUUGUG